GGGGCGCGGCGGAGACGGGAGCCGCCCGCGUCUAGAGCCCGCUCGGUGCGCCAUGGAGCUCGGGGGCCCCGGGGCGCCGCCGCCGCCGCUGCUGCCGCCGCUGCUGCUGCUGCUGGGGGCCGGCUUCUUGCCCGCAAGCAGCCACGUGGAGACCCGGGCCCACGCAGAGGAACGGCUGCUAAAGAAGCUCUUCGCCGGCUACAACAAGUGGUCCCGGCCCGUGGCCAACAUCUCGGACGUGGUUCUCGUCCACUUCGGGCUGUCCAUCGCACAGCUCAUUGACGUGGAUGAGAAGAACCAGAUGAUGACGACUAACGUGUGGGUGAAGCAGGAAUGGCAUGACUACAAGCUGCGCUGGGACCCUGCCGACUACGAGAACGUCACCUCCAUUCGCAUUCCCUCCGAGCUCAUCUGGCGGCCGGACAUCGUCCUUUAUAACAACGCGGACGGGGACUUUGCGGUCACCCACCUGACCAAGGCCCACCUCUUCCACGACGGGCGGGUCCAGUGGACGCCCCCGGCCAUCUACAAGAGCUCCUGCAGCAUCGACGUCACCUUCUUCCCCUUCGACCAGCAGAACUGCACCAUGAAGUUCGGCUCCUGGACCUACGACAAGGCCAAGAUCGACCUGGUGAACAUGCACAGCCGCGUGGACCAGCUGGACCUGUGGGAGAGCGGGGAGUGGGUCAUCGUGGACGCCGUGGGCACCUACAACACCAGGAAGUACGAGUGCUGUGCCGAGGUCUACCCGGACAUCACCUACGCCUUCGUCAUCCGGCGCCUGCCCCUCUUCUACACCAUCAACCUCAUCAUCCCCUGCCUGCUCAUCUCCUGCCUCACGGUGCUGGUCUUCUACCUGCCGUCCGAGUGCGGAGAGAAGAUCACGCUGUGCAUCUCCGUGCUGCUCUCGCUCACCGUCUUCCUGCUGCUCAUCACCGAGAUCAUCCCCUCCACCUCCCUGGUCAUCCCGCUCAUCGGCGAGUACCUGCUCUUCACCAUGAUCUUCGUCACGCUGUCCAUCGUCAUCACCGUCUUCGUGCUCAACGUGCACCACCGCUCCCCGCGCACGCACACCAUGCCCGCCUGGGUCCGCCGGGUCUUCCUGGACGUCGUGCCCCGCCUGCUCUUCAUGAAACGGCCGUCGGUGGUCAAGGACAACUGUAGGCGGCUCAUCGAGUCCAUGCACAAGACGGCCGGCGCCCCGGGUUUCUGGCCCGAGCCCGAGGGGGAGCCCACCCUCACGAGCGCAGCUCAGAGCCGGGGCCCCUCGCCCGCCUCGCCCUCCCCGUCCUCCCGCGGCCCCCUGGACGAGCCGGCCAAGGCCCAGGCGGCCUGCGAGCUGCCCUCGGACCCGGUCCCUGAGUGCCCAGCACGUGUCCAGCCCCGCCGAAGCCGCGGAGGACGGCGUCCGAUGCCGGUCUCGGAGCAUCCAGUGCUGCGUUCCCCAAGACGAUGCCGCCUCCCAGGCCGGGGGCCCCGUGGCCGGCUCCCCCGCCUUUCUGAAGGCCAGCUCGGCCGAGCUCCCGGCUCCAGACCAGCCCUCUCCGUGCAAGUGCAGGUGCCAGAAGGAGCCGUCCCCAAACACCGCGCUCAAGGCCCGCGGCACCAAAGCCGCGCCCCGGCACCUGCCCCUGUCCCCGGCGCUGACGCGGGCCGUAGAGGGCGUCCAGUACAUCGCAGACCAUCUGAAGGCGGAAGACACGGACUUCUCGGUAAAGGAGGACUGGAAGUACGUGGCCAUGGUCAUCGACCGCAUCUUCCUGUGGGUGUUCGUCCUCGUCUGCCUGCUGGGGACCGCGGGUCUCUUCCUGCCCCCCUGGCUGGCCGGCAUGAUCUAGCGGGACGGGGGCCAGGCGCCCGCAGCCCCAGGUCUGUGCCUGGCUGUCCUAGGGGUUCCUCAACUGCGUGGGGUCACAGCAUUUGCCAGAUUGUCCCCCUGUUUUCUGCCUACUGUGAGACAGCCUUGGAAAGGGUCACUGCACCCCGGGGGAGCCGGUGCUGGCUCGGUCCUGCUGAGACCUGCCUGGGGGGCGGCCGGGCUGGAAAGGACGGCUAGGAAAUGCCUGUUCUUGUCUGGAGGGCGGGUCACCGCCUACGUCUCAUUAAAGUUUAUCUGGAGCAUGGUGA